AUGCAGUCGUUCCUCGAGCACCGCAGAAUCCGCCGAAAGCUCGAGCAGCAAAUUGUGACAAAACAUGGGACUCCGGAGGAUGUCUGGACAGAAGAAGGUCGCUACUAUUAUCGCGAUGGCGAAAUUCACACACAUCCCCGCGAAGCGGAUGACAACCUACCUGCUGCACGGAGAAGAGAGCAUGGUCAUCGGACUUUCAUCUCGGGCCCAACUAUAAAUCGUCAUUCUGCGAGAACCCACUUGGAGAGGGAUGGUGAUGUCGAGCGAGCGGACGUUGAUCCGGAACUUCAAACCGAUCCUCAUACUAUAAACACCCAAGAGACGCUGGGAAACACAACCGACAUGAUGGUGACGGGCGUUGAAAGACUUCGUCCGGGUACGGGUCGUAUUCGUGAUGAUGACGCCGUCGGGGCCAAUGGAAGCGAUGUCGAAAGUGACACUGAUAUUGAAUCGAUAAAGAAGAACAAGCUCGUCAUCGUGACUUUCGAGGGCGACCUUGACAAGAUGGAUCCCCAUAACUGGUCUUUCGGCCGUCGACUGUGGACGACACUUCUGACCUCAGUAAUUUCCAGCGUGAUGUUCUGGUCGUCCACCAUCGAUGCCACCGCCCACCCGAGAACAAGCAAACUGUUUCAUACGAGCUUUGAAGUUCAGACUUUGCCUACUACAUUCUAUCUGGUCGGCCUGGGCGCCGGUGCAGUGGUCACAGCACCCAUCUCGGAACUAUUUGGGCGCACCCCUGUAUACAUUCCAACGACUGUUGGCUUCAUGCUGUUCAACAUGGCCGCAGCACUCUCCCACAAUGUGGUCCAACGGAUCCUUUGCCGUUGCAUAGCUGGAUUCUUUGGGUCUGCCCCCGCGGUCCUCGCAGGAGCGUCUCUCGUUGAUGUCUGGUCACGAGUGGAGCGGGUUUAUGCCUUCCCUAUAUUUGCCAUCAUUGGUUUCUCCGGGGCUCUCGUCGGUCCAAUCCCGGGCUCUUUCGUUGUGAACAGCCAAGAUUUUUCCUGGCGAUGGGUGGAUUGGAUCACAAUCAUAUACGCGGGAUUCAUCUUGAUCCUGAUCAUCUUACUGCUGCCAGAAACAUACAGCCCGAUCUUACUGUACUGGAAGGCGAAAGAGCUUCGCCGCCUGACAGGGGAUGACAGGUAUCGAUCACCAUUGGAGUUCAACAAGAUUUCAUUCUGGAAACGUCUGCGGAUUUCCCUUUACCGACCUAUUCUUCUUUUCCUGACAGAACCCAUCAUAUCUAUCCAUUCUGCCUACCUUUCAAUACUUUUCAUCGUGCUCUACACCUUCAUCGCGGGAUAUGUCUCCAUCUUCCAAGAAAAAAACAACUUCACACCCACCCAGGCAGCGCUUGCCUUCCUGGGUAUCGAAGUUGGUGUUCUCCUCUCAGCACUCACUAUCCCACUCUCGAUGUGGUUCCUCCGCCGUGAUAUUCGCCUCAGCCGCGCAAAGGGUCAAAGUCGCCCUGAUCCUGAAAUCAGUCUGUAUAUGGGCAUGUUUGGUGCUCCGUUCAUCCCCGUCUCACUAUUCUGGAUGGGCUGGACAUCGCGUUUGUCUAUCUCAUUCUGGUGUCCGUUGACUGCAUCGGUGUUCUUCGGAUUCGGAACACUGUGUGUGUUUGUAUCGGCGUUCCAAUACGUCGCAGAUUCAUUCGAGCUCAAUGUUGCUAGUGCGCUUUCGACACUACAGAUGACGCGGCUUAUUACUGCUGGUAUCAUGGCAAUCGUCUCCGAAGUGAUGUAUAAAAAACUUGGCAUUGGCUGGACUCUGACUCUUUUGGGUUGUCUUUCGUUUCUGUUUUUACCGGCGCCUUAUCUAUUGUAUUGGAAGGGGCAUAAGGUACGCUCGUGGAGUAAGUAUGCUCGCAGGGACGAUUAA